UUUAAUGACAAAGAAUGGAUGAGUUAAUUAAAUGACGUUAAAUUAAUUUUUAUUUUAGCUUUCCUUUGUAUCAUUCCUCUGUCCGUCCUCAAUACAAAUUAUGAUUUCCGAUGCCGGUUAUGAAAGUAGAAGAAAUGGGAACUAGAAUCAAAAAAAAUCCAAACCUUGUAUAUGAAGUUGUGUGUGAAAUAGCUAUUCCACCUGAUAAUACUAAAGAACCUUGGAUAAGUUGGAAGUAUCCAUAUAACUACAAACGUGAAGACAUUUUGAAAUCUUUACCAAGUUUUGCUUAUCCUUGUGAAUUUAGCAACAAUGCAGUACAGCACUUCUCUUUUGUUCUAACAAAUAUUGACAGUGAAUGGACAUUUGGAUUUUGUAGGCAUGCUUCAAAUUCAUCAUCUUGUUAUGUUAUUCUGAGUUACUUACCCUGGCAUGAAGUAUUUUAUAAGAUACUAAACCAUAUAGCUGAAUUAACAAAUAAGGAAGAGGCCAGAAAAUGUAAAGGUUUACCAGUAUUUUUAGAAAAUUUAUAUCAUGCUCAAAUUCCUGAACCUGGUCUUCAGCUACAUGUUUUAUCAAGCAAAAAUGAGGAUUUUGUUGCAACUGCUCCUGACCAUGAGAAACUUCCUAGCAUUCCAGAAAAUAGAAAUAUGACAGAGUAUUUUAAUGCUGUUGAUGCUCAGAAUAUGAUGAUUAUUUUUGCUAGCAUGCUGCAUGAAAGAAGGAUAUUAAUUUCUUCAAAGAAACUUAGUCGGUUAAGUGCCUGUGUUCAAGCUGCAAAUGCAUUGAUAUAUCCAAUGCAUUGGCAACAUAUAUUCAUUCCAGUUUUACCAAAACAUCUGUCUGAUUAUUUAAGUGCUCCCAUGCCAUUUUUAAUUGGAAUCCCAGCAACUACUUUAGCUAGAAUGAAAAUGACAGAUAUGGGAGAUGUUGUAUAUUUAGAUGCUGAUGAAAAUAAAAUUGAAACACCAUUUGCUGAUCUUGAUGCUCUCCCUUCUGAAGUGCUUCAGUCUUUGAGGCAUGAUUUGAAGCGCCCCCAAGAAAUGCUAGGUGAUGCAGUUGCAAGAGCUUUCCUAAGAGCACUUGUGAAACUCAUUGGUGGAUAUUGGAAUGCUUUGAAGUUAAGACCAACUGAAAAGAUUACGUUUAGCCCUGAAUUAUUUGUACUAAGUAGACCUUCUGCUAUGCAGCCCUUUCUACAAAAGAUGCUUGAUUUACAAAUAUUUCAACAGUUUAUAGAAAGCAGGCUUAAAAAGUUGAAUGCUGGCCAAGGUGUGAAUGAUGAAUUCGAAUUUGAAUUGACUGCGCAUGAAGAUAAAACCAGUUUCCGACUAAGAAAUCAGUACAGGGAUUGGGUAACUAAUAUGAAAAAGGAAGGUGGAGCAUUCUUUAAAAAUGUGAAGACAAUGAUGAAGGAUACUUCUAAAAAGGCUUACAAAGACAUUCGUUCACGUAUUCAAGAUAUACAUAAUCAUACACAGAUGAUUUCAGAUGAUGCUCCUGAAGUACCAAAACGUAGAGGCAGUGCCCCCACAACAAUCAGUGAUUUGGAUCUUCAUACCAAAAACUCUGUUAAAAGUCUUCAUAAAAAAGAAUCAUUAUCAAAAUCAAAAGCUGAUGAGACACCUGUACAUUCUGCACUUGCUAUAACAAACCUCCUCACUCCUAUGUCUCCAGUCCGAAGAAGUGUUGUUGAUAGUCCUCAACUUACAUUCCAACCUAUUGACGUAGAUUUAAUGGGAGAUCUUCAUGAAGUGAUUUUUCGCAGUUGUUCUCUGUGCAAUAAUUCUAAAACCAGUAUUUCAGAUCCUCAGCUUAUUGACUUAUCACUGGAAAAUAAAGUACCAUGUGGCCCUAGCUGUGUUGCUUCCCCACUGAAACGCUCUUCAAACAUUCCACAGACACCUUCAGAUCCAGGACCUCCACCACUUCUACCUAGACCUCCUGGCUCCAAAUCCAGAUUGGACACACGAUUGUCUGGUGCACUUUCAGAGCCCUCCAAUGCGUCUGCAGAAUUACUCAUACAGCUUGAUCCAUGCAGCAGUUCAAAUUUUAAUGAAGUUUCUCAGUAUAAUAGUAGAGAUUCCUUUCCUGAUAGUCUGGAACAAAAAAAUCUUGUUAACACUAAUCCAUUUCGCCAAAAUCUCUCAGUGACUUCAUCGCCUGAUUCUGAAUUGUCCAUUUUCAAGAGUUAUUCGGGUCCAAAUGUGAAAAAUUUGGUAAAUAUGUAUCAGUCUUCCUCACCACAACACUUGUCUUCAAGUUCGGAAGCCUUGAAAGCAAACGGUUCAGUGUUAUUUAAAUCUCAAAAUUUAUCCAGGACGUUAUCCACUCCACCAUCUGCCUGCUCUGGUGUUUACAAUGAUCCACCUUCCAUGUUGCUUUUAAAAUCUGCUUCUAAAGUGUCAACAAAUCCUUUUAUAGUUGCAGAUGGCAAAAAUAACAACUGCCGAAAGGAAAACUUAAAUGAAGUGUCUGCUAAUUUGUCAACAUGGGAAAACUUUCAAUAAUUUUUUUUUUACAAUAUUUAUAUUGAGCACAAGAAUUGUUUUGAAACUGCUUUAAAUAAUUAAAAAGGGACAGAAUUGAUUGUUUUACAUAGAUAGACAUUUCAUGUGCCUUGUUCUUAAUACCAGUGAUUUUAGUUAUAAAAUUUAUAUUCUAAUGCUAUAUUACAUUAUAAUUGCAGGAGUAGAAGUUAUAGUAUAAUAGUAAAUGAAUGCCUUAAAAAAUCAAACUUUCCUUGAUUUAAAUUACAUUUCAUAUAGAAUUUUGGUUUCGGUUUCUUAAAAGUCAUUUUCAAAACAGAAACAAUAUUGUAAUGUAUAUUUUAACUGCAGAAAAAUAAUUUAAUGUGAAUAAUAUUGAGGAAUUAUUACAAAUUAACAGUAGAUACAAAUAACAUAGAUUUUAUGAUCAUAUUUACAUCUGUGCUGUGUGUCACUUAAUUUUUCAGUACAUGCAAAUGACCUUCAUCGAUUUUUUUGUUUUAAUUUCAUCUAUUAACACAUUUUAUUUCUUGUUUCUUUUAUACCAUUUUAAUGUUAAUUCUGCUUCUUCCUCUGCCCUCACUGAUUUUAUAUAUUUAUAUUAAUCCUUCAGUUUAAACUAUAAAUAUAGUUUUUAAAUUUUCUAAAAUUAUGCAUUCUCUUAGCUGUAUAGAAGGCAUCAUAUUAAAAUGCUAUGAGUAAUGUAGUAGAAAUGCUAUGCAUAGUUUUUAUUGAAAAAUUAUUUACUAGCCAUAUAAUAAAUACACUGUGACUUUUUUUAACCAUUAACUGGGGAGGUGCGGUCUACGAGACCGCAUUUCAUUUACACUCAAAUGAAAUUUUCUAAUGAAUGUAUUAGUAUGAAAAACUGCCAAUAUAUUUUGCAGAUAUUUUUCUUGAUAUAUAGAUAUGUUUUAGAAAUUUUUCAAAAUAUAUUAUCAUAGAAAAAAGUAAAUGGAUUGGAACAUACAUUUUCUUCACAAAUUACAUGUUACAAUAAAUAAUAUUCUUGAAAAAACGUGUUACUUUUUAAAUCAUAUUUAUUUUUACAGUAUAUGAAGGUAUAUAGAAGACAAUAUAAUGUAAAAUGCAACAAUUAUAUGAAAAAUAAAAUAUAAAAUGACAAUGGGUAAAAUUGACCCUUUUUUUAUCGGCUAGUAUGACUUUCAUAGCACGGUUUCCUCGGGCAUUUUAAACAUACAGGUUAAGAAUUAGUAUAAAAAUCAACCUAUAAAUCUCUAUAUAUAUCUCUUGAUUAAUUAAUAUAUUUUUCAAAAUAUAUUAUCACUAAAAAAAUUGUGUUUGAGCAUACAUAUCAAAAUCAGUUGAAUGUGAACUUUCAUCAAAAAACUCUACUGUACAGUUAUCCUUAUCACUAAAAUCACUUUCUGCUUCAUUUAAAAGUAUCUGGAGCACUAUUUCAUAAUAGGAUUAGUAAAUUGGAUGAUGUUUCGGUCUUGUUUAUCACUGGGACACUAACAGAGAGGUGUGGUCUUAGAGACCGCGCUAAAAAAAUGAAUUAUUUUAAAAAGCAUUCGCUGAAAUCAGUUGAAAAAAAUGCAUGUGUAUUGAAGGUCACAAAACAGGAAGCUACAGGGUCACUCCAUUCAAAUAAACUAAAAAUAGAAUAGGGGUGACCGAAAAUCCAUUGCUUGCUGUCUAACAGACCGCACGUCCCCAGUUAAGCGUUAAUGUAGAAACCACAUUUCUAAAUGAACCUUCAAUAAUUACAAACAACCUUGUGUUUUCAUUUUGCAUGAUAAAAAACAAAAUCAAUUUAUAUAUAUAAUAUAGAAAAAAGGGGGAGGUAAAUGGAAUUUGUAAAGACUAAAAACUUUAUGAAAUCAGAAUUAGCAUUUUAGAGCAACCUGUUUGUGAUUUGAAAAAAGAGAUUUCAAAAAUUGAUUAACAAAUAUAUAGCCUUAAAGGAAUCUGUGAAUAUUUUUAAAAGAAUAUUUAUUUCUAUUUCUUAAUUUUGUCUUUAUUUGCAGUAUAACUAUAUGUUCACCUUAUUUUGUUAUAUAAAUUAGAUUAUAUAUAUUUUCUUCUCCAGAGAUUGAAAAGAGAUAUUGGAAGUUUUUGAUGAUAUCUUAUCUGUAAAAAUCAGUGAGUUUGUGCCUUAUAAAUAAUAUAAUUUUUUUUUUCUAAUUUAUGCCUUAUUCAGUAUUAGUGUAAGCAUAUAGUAAGUUCAUGAAUUCUUUUCCCUAAUAUAAUCCCAUUUGUAUUAAAGAAUAUUUUAAAACAUUUAUAGAGCCUUCAUAUUUAUUGGGUAAAAAAUUCAGCCUGUAUGUUUAUUCUCUGUUUAGUUCUAAGCUUGAGUCAUGAUUCCAUUUGGGAUCACACUGCAUAGUAUUGGGAUUUUGAGAAAUUCCAUAUUUCUUAAUUUAAUCAUUUUUUUAUGUUUAUACUGAAUAAUAUUUAUGAUUAAUAAUAGCUAAAUUGUCAUAAUCUUAUUAUAUAUUUUUUUAGAAUUUUUUAGUACUAUGAAUUUUUCAACUAUAAAAAAAUAAAUUUCAAAACUUCCUGUUUAACUUAGGAGAUUAAUUACUUUUAGCAUUUAUUAGAAGAAAACAAUCACAAUCAUAUCUGCUGCAAUGUAUUUUCAUAUUUUUUCCCCUUUUAUGUUAUAAUUUUAGCAUAUAAAAUUUUUCACCACAUGCAGUUUUGAUUUUAAAACUUGCUUUUAUGACAGCUUAAACUUCAUUUCUAAAAAUUUAAGAAAGCAGCUAUUCCUUGAUAUAAAGAGUUUCUUAAUUUUCAUCUUCAGGAUUACUUCAUUUGGGAUCAACCAUAUGAUUUUGCUUUGGGAUAACCAAAUGCUGCCUUCAAUAUAGUGUAUUUUAAUAAAAUUCCUCAUUUUAUAAUCCUAUUUUUCAGAAUUAUAGUGAAAUUGUCUUUACCAGUUCAUUUACAUAAAGCUGUUCAAUUGAAGGAUAUUAAAUUUCUGUUUUAUGAUUUUCACAUUUCAUAAAAUAAUAAUCUUUUUUUUUUUUUACUGAGAAAAAUCAAAAUUAAAAAAAAAAAGGCCAUGUAAAAUUUAUAGUUAAUGCAUGGUGUGAUGUGGGAAAGUCUGUAAGUUUAAUGAAUUUAUGAAUACACUAAGUAAUACUUUAUAUGUAAGAUAUAAUUUUGUGUUACAUUUUAUUUUUAAAUACUUGAUUGACCGUAUGUGACAACAUUCCCAAACUAAUCCUUACUUACCUCUUUUUUUUAUUUGAGAAUUAAAUAGUAUUUUAUAGUUAAUAUUUAUUCUAAGGUUUUAUUGUUACAUUUUCGUACAUAUUAUUUAAUGCUCUAUUUUCACACAUUUUGUUGAUAAUGCUGAUAUGGGACUUUCUUUUUUUUUUUUCUUUGUGAUAUCCUAUCUGCCAUAAAAAAAAAUUUUUAAUUAUUAACUGGGAUGCAAUAUUUAUAGUUAGAAUAAUAAUUCUUUAAAUCUGGUUAGAAUUUUGCGUGUCUGCUAUUAAUUUAAAAGCAAGCAUACAUGUAAAUGCAUGAUUUAAAAAUUUAUUGUAAUUGAUAAACAUUUCUUAUACAUUCAAUAAUAUUAAUUGUUAAAUAGGAUUUUCAAUCUUUUGUUCCAUGUUGUUCCUAUUUCCAUCAUCAAAAAGCUAUUGCUAAAAAAAUAAGCAAUUUUUUAGUUGGCAUUUAGUAAGGAAAUUUAAUAAGUUCAUUUAAAUAUUGAUUAAAGAUAAGUUAACAUAUUUGUUAUGCAGUCACUCCCAGGAGCGGCACAUGUGGUCUGCUCAACUAUGUCUUUGUCUUGGGAUGGAUUACACAGUGUUGUGUUAAAUCAAAUUUGGUAUAGUAUAGUAUUGCAUAUGUACAUAUUGAAGUCAGUUUUUUUUUUAAUUUAAUGUUUUAUAAUUUUUAAUGAAAUGCUUAAGGGGGGGGAUUUUAAUCUAUAGCAAUCCAUGAUUUAUAAUAAAACCUUCAGAACAUAUUCUGAAAACAGUUAUUUUAUAUUUAAGUCUGUUUUUGUAAGGCAGCUUCACGAAAGAAAGUGUUUUGCAAGAGUGCUUGUUAUUGGUAUAUUGCCAUAAUUUAUUUCUAGCAGUUAUUUGUGCAACUUAUGUUUGAAAUAAUGAAGUAAUACAAAUCGUUUAUGGAAAUUUUGUUAAUUAAACUUGUAAAAAGGUAUCACAGUGACUUAUGUGCAUUACAAAAUCAGUACUUUUAGUGUUGUGAUUUUACAAAAUGUUGGAGAAAUUGUUCCUCCACUCCUGAAGUUUACAUUCCAAAUUUAUAAUAUAUUUUUAAAAUAUGUUGAAAUUAAUAUAAAGUAAAAACAUAAAUUUGUACGUGAAUGUUUUAAAACUCAACUGAGUAUAUGAUAUUCCAUUUGGAAAUAUAAAUUGCUUACAUUAUGAUUAAUGCUACUUUAUACCUAUUGCUUAUGUUCAUCAUAAAAGUAUACUUUCAUUUCAGUAAGAACAAUGUCUUUUAUUGGUUAAAUGUGUUUUUGAUCUAAUCAGAAAUUUAUUGUUUUUAACUAGUGUAAUAAUUGUUCUAAAUUGGUGAAAUUCUGUCCUUUCCCUUGUACUGGAUGAUGCAUUUGAAAAUAUAAUAUAAUAAAAUGAUUAAACAUUUUUUAAAUUCCAGUAAUGGAUUUUUACUUUGCAAAAAGGCAAAACAAUAUGCGUUGAGUAAAAUUUUUUUUCUUAUAACUGAGAUUAUGUCUUUCUAUUAAUACUUCUAUCAGGUAAAAAAUAUUUAUUUUUAUUGCAUAUAUAAUAUAAUAUAAAUAUAUAGAUAGAAAUAUUUUCAUAAUUUUCUUGGUUCAUUUCUUUAAAAUCUCUUUUAUAUAUAUAACAUUGUGGAUAGAAACAUUUUUAUAUUAAAUUUUAAAAAAUAUAUUUUUUACAGUUUUUUUUAUAAGAUAUGAAUGAACUCAUUUCUACAUGGAGCAGUCUAUUUUUAUUAGUAGUACAUUCUUUCUGUAAAUCAGAAUAGAUCUGUAGUAAUCUUGCACGCUUUGGUAAUCAAAUAGAAGCAUUUAAUGGAUUUCGCACACUUGUGUGUGCUUCAGUACUGUUUCAUUGUUGCCCUGUUUUUACUUUGUUAUUUUGCUUGUCUAUUUAUCCCUUGUUUAUGUUAAAUAAAUUUGUUUUAUUUAUUCA